UUUCUGCUCUCCUCCAUGGCCUACGACCGCUAUGUAGCUAUCUGCAACCCUCUGCACUAUCCAGUUAUUAUGUCCCCGAGACUGUGCUGGGCCCUGCUCACUGGGUCCUAUAUGAUUGGAUUUAUGGACUCCUCUAUCAAUGUGCUUUGCCUUCACAGACUAAACUUGUGCAAUUCUAAUGUCGUCCAUCACUUUUUCUGUGACACUCCAGCAGUUUUAGCCCUGUCCUGCAGUGACACCCAUGGCUUUGAGGUCAUGUUGUUCAUUGUUGCUGGAUCCACCCUAAUGCUGUCUCUUAGCACAAUAUCUGGAUCUUAUGUGUCCAUGCUCUCCACUAUCCUGAAGAUUCACUCCACUGCAGGAAAGCAAAAAGCGUUCUCCACCUGUGCCUCCCACCUGCUGGGUGUCUCCAUAUUUUACUGCACUAUGAUCUUUACUUACCUCAAGCCGAAGCAGUCCUACUCCCUGGGCAAGGAUCAGGUGGCCUCUGUGUUUUACACCAUUGUGAUCCCCAUGCUGAAUCCCCUCAUCUACAGCCUCAGGAACAGAGAGGUGAAGAGCGCUGUCAUUAAAGUCCUUCAGAGGAGAGAAAACUUCAGCCAAUUAAAAUGA